AGAUAUAAAUCAGAAAAAAUGACAAUUCAUACGAAUAUGGCUCACUCUAUCCUGCAUUGAGCGAACAUUGCAAAGCGAAACGUAUUGUAACGAGGUUAUAUUAACAUAUUAUACAUGUAAAUAUUAAAUCGUACAAAUUGCCUUUUUUCUGCUAUAGGACGACGCUACUAAUGUUUUCGCGCUGGACACUUGGACAUUUAAGAAUUGGACUGAUCCCGUUUUGACAUGGAGUCCCGAGGACUUCGGAGGCGUCGAUACCAUACAGGUGCCCAGCGAUUCACUCUGGACUCCAGAUAUAACAGUCCACAAUCCACAUGACACAAGUAAGGAAAAAGCCGGUAUACCCAAGACUGAAUGUGACAUUAAAAACGACGGUCGAGUCAUGUGCGUGCCAAAAAUGAAAUACAGUGUGAAUUGUCAUCCAGAUUAUACGGAGUAUCCGUACGACGUGCAAAUUUGCACUAUAGAAUUGGCCUCGUGGGCGCAUAGUACUGAUGAAAUCGACCUAAUGAUGGCACCCAAGCGAGUGUUGUCAUUCACGAGCCGCAGCUUGGAAAGGGAUGUUUUGUAUUACGAUCACUUCAUUGACACAAGCAAAUUUAAAAUAAACGAGAAUCUCGAGACACGAAUAUACGGCCUCAUCCUAAUCAUAGCAAGGCGAGCCGAAAAUAUGCACAUAGUGUUCGUUGUUCCGGGUUUUGUUUUAAUGGCAUUGGCGCUGUGCGCACUGUGGCUGGAUUGUCAUUCUAAUGAACGAAUUAUAGUAUCUAGCAUAAGUUUCAUUUGCCAUCUGAUAUGUAUACAACGUGUCUAUUGGAGCAUUCCACACAAUGGCAAUAUCGCACCAAGUCUUUUACGUUACUACGAGAGUUCCUUCCUGAUAAUGGCCUUCGUCAUGGUCCUGACAGUGCUGCUGCGCGAGCUCCACGCUCUCAAGUCUCCGGCACCCGAGUGGUUGUCCGCGACGACGUCCUCGAUUCUGCGGAGCAAAGUCGGCCAGCUGCUGCUCCUGAGUAUCCUCGACCCCAAGGCCUCUGCCUUCCUCGAGAUUUCGGCCGACGACAAUAACGAACUCGUCGACGGUGACGGCGAGGACAGAUCCAAAUCCGAGUCCAACACCAGCACCUGGAGCUACGUUGCUCUAAUCAUCGGAUGGGUCGCCUUUGUCCUGAUAUUCUUCGCCUACAUCGUCAUGUUGUCGAUGUACCUGCCAUAUAAGCCGAACUAUGAUGCGGACUACUACCGCAAACUUAACUCAGAGAAAUAGUCUUUUUUUAUGGAAAACGAUUCCCGAUUUUCCCCAAUAUCUAUGCAAGAUAGUAUAUUGUGCACCAAGAGCUGAAUAGGCUUUUAACCCCAUACUGCAACCGCACGAGGUUAAAUUUUGUGUAAUACGCGGACGUAUUUUCUCGUUUUUUCGUGCGUGUUGAGCGGUGAUAGCUUGAUCACUUUCACGGCAACUACGCUCUUGUUCGAACAUUAUUUGCAUGUAAAUACAUCAAAAUCAACGUUGUUUUACAAAGCAAGCAAAAAUCUUUUUUGCCUUAUGAAGCGAGUCAGUUUAUUUUGCACACUGGUGAAAAAAAGUCACUUACGUCUUGAAUAUAAUAGCCACAAAAUAUACGAAAAUUGUUCGUGCGUUACAAAAACUAUAGUUUUUCAAAUCAGCAAUUUUUUCUUGUUCAUCUUAAUAUCGUCGCUUCUAUAACAAAGACUAGUUAGUACAUUUGCAUUUCUCGCAGCGAAGACUAAUACAUUAUACGCACGUUUGCAUCUAAGACCAAUACGUUACGCACUUCCGCCGCGAAAACUAGUCCAUUUGGCUUUCCGGCAUCGUAGAA